AUGGAUACUAUAGAUAUAAUGGAUGAAAUAAAUAAUUUCAUCAUUUAUAUACAAAGUCAAUUAAUUUUUCAAAGGAUUUUUCGUCUUGAUAUAAAUUUAUACACACAAAUUUUACAAAGAACAAAUAAUCGAAGAUUUAUUACCGCUUAUGGUUUACUCAAGAAGCAAAUCUCCGAAGAAGGUCAUUUAAUAAAUGUUACUGAUGAACAAAUUAUUAACCUAUCCACAAAUAAAAUAUGGAGAAGUUUAACUCCUAUCGAAAAAAGUGUAUUUCAUACUUAUGCGACUCAAAUUCG